AUGUUGGAAUCUUUAUACAUACCAAUAGCAGAUGAUAUGCAUUGCCAUUUAAGGCAAGAUGAUAUGCUAAAUUUUACUGUGAAUGCAUUAAAAAAAGGGGGAUGCAAUAGAGUAUUAGUAAUGCCUAAUACAACUCCUAUAAUAAGCACUUGUGAAGAUGCAAAAAAUUAUAAAAAGGAAUUAAUGAAAUAUGACAAUACUAUAGAUUAUUUAAUGACAUUGUACUUAAAUAAGAAAACAGAUGAAAAUGAUAUUUUGAAUAAUUAUAAGGAAUGCAAUUUUCAAGGAAUAAAAAUUUACCCUAGUAAUGUCACAACUAAUUCUAAAGAAGGUAUUAAAACCUUAGACCCAUAUUAUAAAAUAUUUCAUACUUUAGAAAAAUUAAAUAAAAGUUUGCAUAUACAUUGUGAAGAACCAAAUAUAAAUCCAUUAUAUGCUGAAAGAAAUUAUUUAGAUCAUAUACAUGACUUGGCUGUAAAAUUUCCUCAUUUAAAAAUUGUUUUAGAACACAUAUCAACUGUAGAUACAAUAAAUAUUAUUAAAAAGUUUCAAAAUUUAGCAGGAUCAAUAACACCUCAUCAUUUAUACUUAACCAUAGAUGAUGUAGUUAAUUUAAAUGAAUAUGACUUUUCUAUAGAUAAUGUAAGUAUUGAAAAAUAUGUAAAAAAUGUAUAUAAUUAUUGCAAGCCUGUGCCUAAAACUGUUGAAGAUAAAAUGGCAUUAUGUAAUGUUAUAAAAGAAGAUUUCCCAAGAAUAUUUUUAGGUUCUGAUUCAGCACCUCAUUAUAAAAAUUUAAAGAAUGAUCCUCAUUUUAAACCAGGAAUUUAUACUCAACCUUUUUUAUUAUCAUAUUUAUCUCAUAUAUUCAACAAAUUUGAUUCUUUAGAUAAACUUGAAAAUUUCGCCUGUAAAAAUGCUGCAAGAUUUUUAAAUUUAAAAGAGAAAACAUUAAAUGAAGGAGAACUUGCUAUAUUUAUAGAAAAGAAAGAAUUUAAAAUACCUAAUGAAUAUUUUGGUGUUAUUCCAUUUUUAUCUGAUCAAAAAAUUGACUUUACAAUAUCUUACAAAUAUUAUAACUCUUAA